AUGUCCUUUUACCACGACGGGCAACCCGCCACCGCCGCUUUUGGCCACCCGGACGGUGGGUAUGCCAUGAAUCCCUAUACUCAUCACGAGCAAGCCCACCCGCUGGCUGCAGUGCCGCCAGCUGGCUACCCCUUCGUCGACCCCUCGGCACAGGCUCAGAUGUAUCACCAUCAAUCCUACACCGACAUGGCUCACCCGUCUAUGAGUGGCGCCGUGGAGCAGCACCACGCCUGGCAAGCUCCUCAGGCCCCCAGGCUCACCGCUGCCGCAGCGCGAGCUGCUCGCCACCACAUGAUGGGCUACGCUCCGGCUGGAUACCCUCAAACGCAUGGUGCUAUCCCUUGGUACACACAGACACUCGGUGUCCCGCAGCCGUACCAGCAGCCUCGAACCCAUCAGCAACUCGAGCACCAGCUUUUGGUGCAGCACCACCUUGCCAAGGCGCACGAGAGGCAGAGUGGCGCCUCUAUGUACCAGUCUGCCUACGGACAAAACCCUGGCUCGGUUGCAUAUCCCCAACAGCAGCAGCAGCAGCAGCACCAUCACCACCAUUCUCGCCCUCAUCAAUACCCACAACAACAGCAUUACACCCAACCUUCUCAUCCCUAUCCGCCCGCCAUCCCCGCCGAACACGAUGGCCGUGUUGACCGACAGCGUCGCUACCACGACGGCUGGGCUUCGUCGAGCUCGCAUCGCGCAGAGGGUCUUUCGAACGCAUCUCACGACUGGUCAGGUUGGAAUCACGCUCCUGCCGCCCAUCGAGGUUCCGUAGGCUACUUGCCGCAGCACGAGCAGAUGUACGCGAACCAUGCCGUGCAGACUUCCCAACGCCUCUCGGACGAUGCAAGCUUCCACAAUGCUGCUGCCUGGGCAUCGCACCAAAAUUCAACGGCUUCUCGCAUGCACGGUUGGAACCAUGCGCCACGCUAUUCUCAGCACACUGACGACCGACACAACCAGUCCGGUUACCCCGAUCUGGCCGCUACCAGUCGCUUGCGUCACGACUAUUCCGAUCAUCGUCCGCACGCUGCUAGAUCGCAGGAUCGCCUGCAUGACUUUGCCGCUCAUCACAGGGAGGUUCCAGUGCACAGCUACAGCCACCUCCGUACAGAUCACCAGGAAGUUUGGCAUCACCGCGCGGACGAGGCUCGCGACCAUCCCGAGCCGACUCACUGGCAGUCGCAGUCGCAAGCUGAGGCGCGCCACGACGUGCCAGACGAUCUUACCGCCCCCGUUGCUGAGGAACAGGAGCGCGCGCCAGCGGAAGCGGCAGCGGAUCAAGCCGCUGUGCCUGCCCCAUGCUCACCCGGCUCUUUGGAAAAGUCUGCGUUGCCUAUCGCCGCGAUCGGCGCUCAGCUCAUCUGGAAUGCUUGCACCGCGCUUUUCGAUCCUGACCUUCUCAUCGAGGCCCACGAGACCGCCGACGAGGCCAUGGAUGAGGACUGCGACGAAGCCAUGUCACCCGCCGUUGCCUCGAUGCCCUCUUCCUCGUCCACGCCUUCGCUCAAUACGCCCGACAUCUCGCCUUGGCAGUCCACCGUACUGGAUCGUCCUGUUCCCCCUACUUCUCCAUCCUCGGGCGAUUGGAAUGCAUUCCGUUCGCCGUUUGGUCCCGACCGCAUGCCGCAGCUGCGUCCACAGGCUCACUCCUUCACUUUUGGCAGCGAGCAUGCCUCAUCCCAGCACGACUUGCACCGGAUGGCAGUCGGCGCUGAGCGAGCACGUCGAGAUGCAUCGCCGGCCAAACGCACCCGUCAGGGCUCUGGACACUCCGAGGCCGCAACGGGUCACAGUUCGGGCGCCAGCACCGCAAGCAGCUCCGAACCAGGCACGCCCGCCUCGCUCGCCCACGAGAGCCCCGCCCUCAGUUCCACUGUCUCAGCUCACUCGGUCGAGACAGCCCGCAGCCCGCUCCGUGCUGCUGGCCUCGGCAUGUCGCUCGAUGGCUCGCGAUCCGAGCCGGCCAUCCGUGCUCGACGCAACUCGUCCAAGACCUCGCCCAAGCUAGCCACGUCCAAGUGGUCCGGAAGGAUGCGCGACAACGUGCUUGCCGUGCUACGUCUCGUUUCGCCAGAUUGGCGCUGGAGCAACAACGAUCACAUUCUUGUUUCGUUGAGCGAGACUUUGCCCACUGCCACUGCCAAGUCCAGCCCCAGCCAUAGCCAGGGACGAUCGGGCGGCCGAGACUCAUUCACGAGCAUCGUCACGUCUUACGCCAACGAACCCAGCCCAGCGUUCAGAAGGUUUGUCCAUCAAGUGCUUGCGCAGACCCUGCUCUCGCCUCCUGCCUUUUUGCUCGGAAUCUUGAAUGCGCUGCGCCUUCUCGUCUUGGUGCAGCUGCCAGACGGCUCGAUCGACCCUGUCGUGCUCGAACUGUUUGCGCAGCCAACGUCUGCGGCACCUUUCAAGCUGUUCACGUUGGGAAUGAUGAUCGCCAACAAGCAUCUGGACGACAACACAUUCCUCAACAAGACGUGGAACGAGGUCACCGGCAUUCCGCUAGCCGAGCUCAACCAGACCGAGGCGUGGUUUCUGAAGAAGUGCAACUACGAAGUCAACGUGCCUGACGAGACUUGGAUCGGGUUCCUCAACCGUUUGCAGUCUUGGGAGGAGAAGCGUUCGAGCCGUGGCAUGCACCGUGACUCGGACUCGUCCAAGCGCCUGCUCCUCGUCCUCGACGAAGCUUUGAGCCACUUUGACGCCAUUCCUGCGUUGCAGCUGGAUGACGACGAGGUGACUCAUGACGUUGAGCACGCCAAGGCCGCCUCGCCCAUGGACAUGUGGAGCAGGUCGCAUCAUCGCGUCGGCUCGCUCGCCAUGGACGACGCCGCCGCUGACCAACAGCACUGUCGCUCUGCCCCCGCUGCUGGGCAAAAGCUGGUCAGGCACGAGGACAACGUCCAACGGCCUGGUCAUAUAUUGCGCGCCAGCCUGGCGAUUGAGAACCCGUCGGCGACCCUGCUGCGGUCCAGCUCCGACUUUGUUGUGGCUGGCGGGCCUGGCAAGGACUUUAGCCCUUUGAGUGAAUCCAGCAAGAGCCACAGCGGACCGCUCAUGCCUUCGGCGUUGUUGAACGGCUCGCGUGCGCUGUUUCAACACGGCGGCAUGUUUGGGCCUCUGGCGACGUCGAGUUGA